AUGAAACAAAGGAUCACUCCUCAGCUACCCGAUCUCGAGAAUCACCGGGGGAGUGGUUCAAACACUGGGAUCAGCAUGGAUCAGGAUCCUUGGAGCGCCCCGAGAUCGUGCGGGCACUCAUCAAGACCAUCCCGGAGUUCACGGGACGCGACGGGGAUUGACUCGGGGGGACGUUUGCAGCCAUCUGGUCGAUCUUCGACCCUAAUCAGGACGUUGAUGGUGAAAGGGGGUGGGUAG